AUGCGAUUGUUAUCGUGGAUUUCCUCGCUUUUCCAGCGCCAUCCCAAAUCAAUCCUUGAAAGACUGGAAGAACUCGAGCAAGUUAUAUCAGAUUUAGAGUCGAUGCGGCUCUCAAGCAUUGACACAGAGAAGCGCUUCGUAUUUCGAUUGUUCGUGUACUCCUUCAUCGUUUUCGGAGUCGGUUUCAUCGUGGUUUACUACUAUUACUGGCCCACAUCGCAACUCGGGAAAGCGGUUUUGUGGGCCUCGUUUUUCGUCUACCCCUCGGCGUAA